AUGAAAAGGGUUGCUGAGCUACAACUAGCUGAAGAGGUAAAAAAUGCGGUUAUUACAGUUCCCGCUUACUUUAACGACUCACAACGGCAGGCUACCAAGACAGCAGGUGAGUUAGUUGGACUCAAUGUGGUAAGGGUGAUAAAUGAGCCUACGGCUGCUUCACUAGCUUAUGGUAUUGGAAGUAAGGACAAGAAAAAGGGGAUUGUUGCGGUUUAUGAUUUAGGCGGCGGAACAUUUGACAUUUCGAUACUUGAUAUUGAAGCCGGUGUAUUUGAGGUGCGAUCCACCAAUGGCGACACACAUCUUGGAGGCGAAGACCUGGACAAUAUAUUAGUUGAGUUUAUUUUGAAACGAUUCCAAACGAAAACCGGUAUCGAUCUUCGUCAAGAUAAAAUUGCUGUUCAAAGAAUUCGUCAAGCUGCGGAGAAGGCCAAAAUUGAGCUAUCACAUGUGAAGAGUACUACAAUUGAUUUGCCUUUUAUUACCAAAACUGAAAGCAUCAGUAUACCUCUCACAGAAGAGGAGCUUGAUAACAUGAGUUCGGAUCUGAUUGAGCGGACAAUACUUCCGGUCAGAAAAGCUCUCAAAGACGCCGACUUGAAAGUGCAAGAUAUCGACGAAGUCAUUCUAGUUGGUGGGAUGACCAGAAUGCCUAAAAUAAGAAAUACUGUCGAGAAUUUUUUUGGUAUAAAGCCAACAACUGAAGUUAAUCCUGAUGAGGCUGUGGCUCUUGGCGCUGCUAUUCAAGGCGCUGUCCUUUCAGGAGAAGUGAAGGAUGUCUUACUUUUGGACGUUACACCAUUGACUCUCGGAAUUGAAACAUAUGGGGGCAUGUUUUCACCACUUUUGCCACGUAAUUCUACGGUGCCCUGCAGAGUUACUCAAAUGUAUUCAACCGCUGUGGAUGGGCAAAGCUCCAUAGACAUCAAUGUCUAUCAAGGAGAACGGCCGUUGGUGCAGGACAACAUAUUAAUCGGAAAGUUCAAACUGACUGAUAUUCCACCUUUGCCCAAGGGCACGCCGCAAAUUGAAGUGAUGUUUGAUGUUGACGCGGAUGGGAUCAUCAAAGUGAGUGCAAGAGAUAAAGAAACUGGAAAGAAAUCAUCAAUUACCGUGUUUGGAAAGGGUGGUCUAACUGAAGAGGAAGUCAAACGGUUGGUAGAUGAAAGUAAACAAACAACAGAGCAAGAUCAGGUAAAACUCAAUUUCUUGAAGUUAGUCAACAACUUGGAAUUAAUAGUGUUUGAUACCGAACAAGUUCUCAAGGAUAUUGAGAACUAUGUGGAUACAAACGAGGCAACCACAUUAAAGCGAAAACUUAACACCGUCAAAAAGAUGAUUGAUGAUUCAAGAAAAGGGGACCUGUUCGACCAAGAUCUCAUCAAGGCAGCACAAGAAGAAUUACAGGAGGAAGCAUUGCAAGUUAUACAGAAGGCAGCUGAAAGAAGUAAGACACAACGAAAAGCCGAAAAUUGA